UCAAGUUCCUUCGUUCUCAGGCAACAACUACCCAUAACCCAUCACUACCCCACCAAAACUACCCAACUUUAUUAUCCUUGAAUUGAAAUCAAAUCUUCAAAACUUUCUUUUCAAACUCAAACAUUUUCUCACACUUUCUCUUCUCUUUUUUCUCGUCGAAAAAAUCUCAAUCGCUUCGCCGUAACUAACCAUCUCUUCCGAACUCCGACUCCAUUUCGCAAGUUGCUGAACUUUGCUUGAUUGGACUUAGCUUGACUAGACAAACCGCUCACUCGAUGGAGAAGAACGAAGUAUGCACAUCGGAGUCCGUCGACGGAAGCCGCGAUGUUUGGAGUUCCAAAUCCUCCGAUUCUUCCUCCGCCGACCAUCUCGUUGUCAUGGUGAACGGAAUUCUCGGAAGUUCUACGGAUUGGAAGUUUGCUUCAGAGCAAUUUGUUAAAGUGCUUCCUGAUAAAGUUUUUGUUCACUGUAGCGAACGAAAUGUGUCUAAGCUGACACUAGAUGGUGUGGAUGUUAUGGGCGAGCGAUUGGCAGAGGAGGUCAUUGAGGUGAUUCAAAGAAAGAAAAAUAUGUGUAAAGUCUCCUUUAUUGCACACUCAGUUGGAGGAUUAGUGGCACGGUAUGCUAUUGGGAGGCUGUAUAGGCCACCUGAAAAUGAACCUAUUCAGGAUUUGAGCAAUAAAGGAAGUAAGGUGGACUCAAUAGGUACGAUAUGCGGCUUGGAAGCAGUGAAUUUCAUUACUGUUGCUACACCUCAUCUAGGGUCAAGGGGCAAUAAGCAGGUUCCAUUUCUUUUUGGCGUAACUGCAUUUGAGAAACUGGCAAGUGGUAUUAUUCAUUGGAUUUUUAGAAGAACAGGUCGACAUCUUUUCCUUACUGAUGAUGAUGAGGGGAAACCUCCAUUGCUUAAACGCUUGGUUCAAGACUAUGAUGAAUAUUAUUUCAUGUCUGCAUUGCGCUCUUUCAAACGUCGGGUUAUAUAUUCAAAUGUGGGUUAUGAUCAUAUUGUUGGUUGGAGAACGUCAUCCAUUAGACGUGAUAAUGAACUUCCAAAGUGGGAGGAUACCCUCAAUGAAAAAUAUCCACAUGUUGUACAUGAAGAGCAUUGCAAGGCUUGUGAUACUGAGCAGUGUGACCUAACGGUAGAUAUCGGCUCUGACAAGAUAGAAGAGGAGCUGGUAACAGGCUUGUCUUGUGUGUCAUGGGAAAAAGUAGAUGUUAGCUUCCAGAGAUUUGCUGCUCAUAGUGUAAUUCAGGUUAAAGAUCAAAUCUCACAUAUAGAAGGUGCAGAUGUUAUACAUCAUAUGAUUGACCAUUUUUUGACAUAGAAGAUGUCAGUCCCCAGAGGUGUAUUUAUAUCACUUAGCAAUAAAAGCUUUGCAUAGGUAAAUCUAAAAUGGCUAAACCUGAUUGACAGACAAUUUUCAACUUUAUCUGAAAUUGUGAUUUCGUUACAGGAUGGAAACAACUGGUUUCCUGAGUUAUAAAGUUCCUCCCAUUAGUUGAGGUGAAGAACUGUAAUUUUGCCUAUCGAUGAUCCUUGACAAUGCUUUAUGUAUGUGUAUAAUAUGUAGAUAAGGAGUUUUUCACGGCUUCCAUGAGAGCAAUUGAAUCAGCACAUUUAAUUAUUGAUGUUGUAAUCUAUUUUGGUUAUAAUAUGGCUCAAAGAAAUUAUCCAGGAAUUAUAUAAUUUCCUUGAA